UUUAGUCUUCGCGAGCAUCUCAGCCUGCUCGCUCUCUGCUUGUUUAUAAACAGCUUCUGCGGUAACUCAAGGGCUGGCACCUCUGAGCUGUUCCUGCAGCCCUCUAGCUACCUAUUCUUUCUGCUUCCUAGUUUAACCGCUAUGUUGCCAGUGGACCAUAAUAUGGACUUUGGCAUCCAUCUCUCUGCCCAGCCACUCCCUUGAAAUUCUACUCCUCAGUAAAGUUCUCCUCAGACAAUGUUAUUGUUGAAGAUUAGUCAGAUGCCUUCUGUCCAUUCCCUGCCUCACACGCUAUGUCAUGCAAGCAAGCUUUGAUACACUUAGCAUAUAAUUUAAAUGAAUGACUAAUUUGGUAAGCAUAAUGGAAGGCACGCACACUAUCCUUCAAUUGCACAAACCCAUUACGGAGCUUUGUUAUGUCAGCUUCUACCUUCCAGAGGGAAAAGUCAGAGGAUUUACUUACAAGGGCUGUGUAACUCUAGAUAGAACCAGUAAACGUUUCUGUAAUUGCUAUAAAGUACAGGAACGGUCAGAAAUGGAGUUGAGAGAACAGCCAUAUGAAAACGUUGGAGAUAUUAUUUUCAAGCAAACUACAACGAAAGACAUUCUCAUUGAGCUGUACAGACUAACUACUGAAAAGGAAAAACUGUUAUCCAGUCUUUUGAGAUCACAUCAUAUUCCAAGCCUUGAUACAGGACAACAGGAGGGAAAGCAACAGGCUGUUUCUGGAGUCCAAAAACUUAGAGGUGAUGACCACUCCAGUUUUACAUAUCGGCAGGAAUUCUUUCUGGAUUCCACAAGUAGCGACAAUUUUAAUCGCAAAAAAAAGAGUAAAUAUAGAAGGAAAGAGAGCUUUGAGGAAUUCAGGCAUUGGAAAGGGGCAAAAAAGGUGCAUGAACAACAUCCUUCUUUGCUGAUUGGGCAAGGCAUGCAACUGGAAAAUCAGAAGAUGCCCCCCACAAGAUUUCCUACCAGGAGUUUUCCCAGUUUCUUUUCUGCAUCCAGUUGUCUAACAGUAAAAGGUAAGGAUGACUUACCACUAGAAAUUGGUAUUCUACCAGAAAGAGAGAGAGAAGAUGGGUAUUUUCUUGAAAGCAACAAAGUUAUGAAACUGGAUGCUGACUUACCAAGUUGUCUAUCAAAAGACAGCAAUGAUAUGGUUGCAGUUGAACUAUUGGACAAUGGAGAAUGCAUUCCUGAAGUUAAGAAUGUACAGCAGAGUAUCACUUUGGUAAAGCCAUCUCAGGACAAUCUAUCUAACCAACUAGAGACAUUAAGUAAAUCUGCAGCUGCUAAAAGCUUGAAAGUUAAAUGUACCGAGCAGGUAUGCAAGGAGAAAGCAGCAAUCGGAGUUGUGAAAGUGCAGGAUUCAGAGGCUUGUAUUAAAAAGGCCACACAAACCCAUUCAGAAUCUUUAUCUGAUUUUCACAAAGGUAAAGAAACCGCUUCUCCCGUUCUCACAGCAGUACCUAAUGAGUUUAUAUCAAGAACUGGUGUAUAUUCGGUAGAUGAAGCUGCUGGAGACUCUAAAAGCAGUGUGCAGCAGGAAGAGGAGCGAGACGGCUCUGUUUUGCAGUACAAAGCAGAGAGAGUGCACAUUACUGAUGAGUCAUGCAACCCUGUGGGAGCAGUCAAUAAAGCUCUUCUGAAAGUUAUACGGAGUGACAGUUUAGAUGAAGCUGCAGAAUGGAAGAGACUGCAACAAAUUACAGCAGCAGACAGAAACCUGCCAGGCUCAACAUAUGAGAAAAGAACCACGGUAUCCUGGGGAAGCAGCAAGCAUUUAUUUCUGAACCUGCCUGUAAGUGAAGGUCCUGAUGCUUCUCAGACAGGUAAUAAUCUUAAACUGGAAGAGAAAAGGCUGCAUUCACCCUCGUUAAUAGCUGUGAGUAAUGUUUUUAGUAAUUCCUAUCCGCUAUCUAAUACACACAAACAAAUGUCACCUAUUCCUUCUCCAUUAUCUUCAAGACUGCCUAGCCCACAGCUGCAUCAUCGGAUUCUCCCAUUACCUGCACAGAACGGCGAGGACGAACCUAUGUUCGGUGACUAUUGCAGUGGGAGGCACGGUGCUAUAAACCUCUCUUUCAAUGAUUUGGAGCCGCAGUUUUAUCUGAAGUUUUCUGAACCUGGAGAAUUGGGAUUUGCCAUCAGACAACCAGGCCUACAUCAGAAUGCAACUGCAGGGCAUUUUGAAAAGCGCACUCUACAAGGAAGAUUCACUACUCGGACACCUCAGAAUUUCUGCCCAGCAGAGACUGCUUUAAAGGAUGACUUCACUGAACGACUGACAAAUUUGGAUGUGUCAAACAGAGAUGAAGAUACAUGGGUUUUGGAUUGCAGAUUGGGGCAGUCAAGCCCAUUUGCUCAUUCAUGUGAGAAAGAGAAGAUCAACAGAAAUGUGUUGCAUUUGAGCCUGGAACUGAAUCCUGACCUGAGUCCCUCAGAGCAAGAUGACAAGACUCCAGGGAGACUCCAGACUGUCUGGCCACCACCGAAAGCAAAUCAUGAAGAAGUGAAAGUAGGAUUGAAGUACACAGAAGCAGAGUACCAAGCUGCCAUUUUGCAUUUAAAGAGGGAACACAAAGAGGAAAUUGAAACAUUAAAGUCUCAGUUUGAACUCAGGGUAUUCCAUAUUCGUGGAGAACAUGCUGUAUCAACUGCUCAGCUUGAGGAAACCAUUGCACAUCUGAAGAAUGAACUUGAUAAUAAAUUAAACAGAAGAAAUGAAGAAGCAAAGGAUAUUGCUGUUUCUACUGAAGAUGAUAACCCACCAAAGACAUACCGAAAUGUAUGUAUACAGACUGACAGAGAAACUUUUAUAAAGCCUAAUGAAGAAGAAAACAGAGCUGUGAAAAAUAACCAAAUAGUACCCAAAAAGCUUAAUAUUUCUUCUUUGACACAUUGUAUUUCUGCCCAAAGUGAAAAUAAGGACAAUUACAAUGUACCAACUUCAGAAAGUGUCUUACCUUGUCAACCAAAACAAAUGCUGCCUCCUCCACCGCCACCACCACCUCCUCCUCCUCCUCCUCCUCCUCCUCCUCCCAUUCCCGAUUCUUCACUACCAGGUUUAGUUCCUCCACCACCACCUUUGCCAAUAGGUUUGACUUCACUGACACUUCAGUUUGGAUCUGGGCCACCACUGCCACCUCCACUUUCUGAAGGCUGUAGGGAUUUUCAAGUGCCAUCACCACCACCACCACCACCACCACUUCCAGGGCUGGGACCUCCUGUUCCUCCUCCACUGCCUGGAUCUGGGUUACCUCCACCCCCUCCACCCCCUGGGCCUGGGUUCUUUUUUAAUAGCACUUUAUCUUCAAGUCAAGGUCCUCGGAAACCUGCCAUUGAACCUAGCCGUCCAAUGAAGCCUUUGUAUUGGACACGGAUACAAUUGCAAGGCACCAGGAAAACUGCUAUACCAACAUUAUGGGAAUCACUAGAAGAACCUGAUAUACUUGAUACUACUGAGUUUGAAUUUUUGUUCUCCAAAGACACCACUCAGGAAAAAAGAAAACCAUUAUCAGAGACUUAUGAAAAAAAAAACAAGGCCAAAAAGAUUAUCAAAUUGUUGGAUGGAAAGCGAUCUCAAACUGUAGGAAUUUUAAUAUCCAGUUUACACCUGGAGAUGAAGGAUAUUCAACAAGCUAUUCUGUGUGUUGAUGACUCUGUAGUAGACCUGGAAACACUGGAAGCACUUUAUGAGAAUAGAGCACAAAAAGAUGAACUGGAGAAAAUCAAGCAAUAUUAUCAGACUUCGAAAGAGGAAGAACUGAAGCUUCUAGACAAACCAGAACAAUUUUUAUAUGAGUUAUCUCAGAUUCCCAACUUCACAGAACGAGCUCAGUGUAUUAUCUUCCAGUCAGUUUUCUCUGAAGGGAUAACAUCAGUUCACCGGAAAGUUGAUAUCAUUACUCGUGUUUCCAAGGCCUUGCUGAACAUGACAAGUGUAAAGGAAAUUUUGGGUUUGAUUCUGGCUUUUGGAAAUUACAUGAAUGGUGGGAAUAGGACUCGAGGUCAAGCUGAUGGAUUUGGUUUGGAAAUACUUCCCAAACUAAAGGAUGUCAAAAGCAGAGAUAAUCGUAUUAAUCUUGUGGAUUAUGUUGUCAUAUAUUACCUGCGCCAUUGCGAUAAGGAAGCAGGAACAGACAAGAGUAUUUUUCCUUUACCAGAACCACAGGAUUUUUUCCAGGCCUCCCAAGUUAAGUUUGAAGACCUAAUAAAAGACUUAAGGAAACUGAAGAGAGACCUAGAAGCCUCUGAAAAGCAGAUGAAGUUAGUUUGCAGAGAGUCUUCAGAAGAGCAUCUCCAGCCCUUCAAGGAGAAAUUAGAAGAAUUCUUCCAAAAAGCUAAAGAAGAAUGUAAAAAAGAAGAGAGCAGUUUGGAAAAUGCACAAAAAUACUUUGAAGAAACAGUGGGAUACUUUGGGAUAAAGCCAAAGCCUGGUGAGAAGGAGAUCGCACCAAACUAUGUUUUCACGGUAUGGUACGAAUUCUGCAGUGACUUCAAGACCAUUUGGAAACGAGAGAGCAAAAGCAUUUCCAAGGAGCGAAUUAAAGUGGCUCAGCAAUCAGUAAGCAAGUUGACUGCAGAGAAGAAAGUUGAAACAAAGAAAAUCAAUCCUACAGCUAGCCUGAAAGAAAGACUACGUCAGAAGGAAGCCAACGUGACUGCCAACUGAGAGAAGAAAGAUGAAAAUGAUAGUGUGUCUUAAUACUUUUCAUGAUGCUUUACUACACCCGUGGCCCAGGGAGCACCUUAUGUUAGCUAUUGAAUUGUGCUUUGCUGAUCUGUUCCAAGACAAUCCACUAAAGAUUUUUCAGUUCCUUCAAAGGAGUUUGUACUUUCAGAGGAAGGAAUUCUAAGAUGUUUUUUACUUGGGAAUUCAGAAUGAUUUUCUGUAAUUCUUCCUCACAUUGCUUAAAAUGCAUCUGGUUGUUAAUGGUUAUUUAAAGUACUCUAUAUGUAAUGCAAUAAUAUGGAAAAGCUAAGAUGAGAAUUUUGGAUGCUGGGUUAAGUAAUGACUAACAACCUGUAGGUUAUUUACAGGGCUUUGUGUAGAUUAGAGCGAAUAUGCCAUUCAGCUCACAAAGGACUAUUACAUAAUAUUUUUUUGUUUACUUCAGCAGUAAGUAAUUUUACAGUGUCUUGAGUAUUGGAUGCACCUUUCUAAAAUUGAUUCAAUAUAAUUAUAGAUUUAUUCUGUAUUUUACUAUAAAUAUUUUUAUAGAAGCCUCAGCUUAUGCCACACAUUGAAAUGAAAGCAAUAUUUUGCACAUGAAAAGGAAUAGCUUCAAAUUCUUUAGCUGUAUGAUCAAUGGCGUAACUGAUUCAUUAUUUUUAUGGUUUUAAUCUAACAUUUCCUAAAUUCUGAGCUCCAAAAGAAAAAUGAUUAAGAAAUAUGUUUUUAUUUCAGCAUGUAUGGAAACUACCAGUUCCAUAAAAUGAUGUCUUUAUUAUUCAUUGAGCUAAAAUAUAACAGUGUGUCUCCAUGAAGUUAUACACUUGCCAUUUAAUCUCUGGCUUUCAAUUCUAUUGAAAGCUUUCUUUUAAAAAAUUAAUAAUUCUCUCUAACAUAUAUUUUGCAGCCUGGUCUUGUCCUGCUAUAUUUAUAUGAAGAAUGUAUCCAGAAUAUAUAUAUAUAUAAUAAUUUUAAAAGUAAAACUUGAGGAAGAAAUAAGAGUUUGCUGUCAUCCUGUAACAUUGUAAUAAUUGCCUGUGAAGUAAGAGAGCCUGAAAAAAAAUCCACCAAACAUCCACUGUUACUUGAAGAUUCUGACUGCAUUUUAAGGAUUCAGACUCUUAGAAGUAAAGAUCUUGAAGCAGAAGUUAAUUUAACAUAAAACAGAAAAAUGGCAGUUAAAUACAAGCAUGAUAAUGGCCUAUAAAUAGGAAGAACAAACUGGAGAGAAUAUGCUUCUUUUGUCCAUACGAGAGAAAUCCCCUUCUUUAUGAUAAUGGUAUCUGAAAUUGGAUAGGAAGAUAAAUUAGGUAAAGAACCAAGUACAAAAGAUACUGUGGGCAAGGCAUUAGUCCUUUGACUUAGUAAACAGAAAGGAUACACGUGAGACAACUUCAUCAAUAGAAAUGAACACUUGUUGCUCAGUUGUUGGUGAAUGUAGCUUGAAGAUUUCAUAUAUUACAGGUUUCUUAAAUGAGUCCCUCUGUCAUUCUUGCAUACAUAAAAAUAAGGGAAUCAAGAUUGCACGGUAUAUUUUGGAGUUUCUAGCUGCUAUGGAUAUACUUGAGAAGCAUAAGCAUAAUUCUUAUGAAAACAGUCAAUAAUAGACCAACAAAAAUAACUAAGUUUUAGUUCCACUAUUUCCAUUGCAGAAAAAUAAAUUACAAAGAUUUAAGUUUGGUUCUGUGAUUCCAAGUUUUCUGUCUUACACCAAAUAGAUAAAGUACAUUUAUUUCCAAUAUUAUCAGUGAUAAACAACAGGAGCAAUAAUGCUUAUAACAACCAAAGAACAAGAGCAAGCAAGGCAAUUCUGAUGAGUCUUUAAGCAAACAACUGUUAAAUUUUGAUAUGGUUUUCUAUCAUGAAGAUAGUGUAUAUUGCAAUUUGAAUUAAUUGGGAAUUUUUCAAUGAAAUGUUUUAUUUGGAAUACUAAUCAACAAAAGUAGCACUGUUUGUGAAAAAGAAUUGAUCUUGAAAAUUCUCAUUAAAAAUACAUUGUGGCAAGAAGUUUUUAAAUUAUUGAAUUAGCCUGUUUCAAAAUUUCUAUAUGUGAAGUUUCAUUUUUCAGUUCAAACUGACUUUUCAUUUUGAAAUGUUGAAAAAUGUAUCUAAAAAGGGGUUAAAAUUAAAAUUUUUGAUGUAAAGCAUUCCUUGAUCAGUUUUAUAAUUUUUUUUUCAGAUUAUUAACUAGCCAAAGUUUUAAGAAUUUAGGCUAUUUUUCAGAAGUCUUCAAAACUUAUGUAGCACAGAGGCAUUAUUUCUUCCUUAUCUCUAGUUGUUGCAACCUUUCUCUCAAGAUGGAGGUUUAGCUUACAAUUUCACCCGUGACUUAAAUUGUCUACUAGUAGUUAUACUGCUUUUAAGUGAAGUAGAAAAAAAGUGCAUCUAGAGCAUUUGACUCAUUCUCUUACUCAAGACUUUAAGACUCUCGGAUGGAAUUAAUCAGCUAAAUUUCACACUGACACCCCUACAGGUACCCAGAGGUGUCAUCAAACCGUGACUAAUGGUAUACUUGCUGACCUUAACUAAACUUGAAUUAAAGAAGAGAUAUUAACAGGUAUUACAUACUGUGUAAACUGUUAAAUUAUGAAAUGCCUAGGUGCUACAGACGUAACAAAUAGGCAUCAACCAGCAUUCAUCUUGAGGUCACCAAGUGUCAUCAAAAGUUAUGUUUUAAGCUUAAAUUUAGUUUGGUGUCUGACUUUAACUGGAUCUUUCUAAUUUGAGGGAUGAAGAAAAGGAGGACAGAAAGGGAAAAGAAAGAAAAUAAAAAGACAGAUGGGAACAGAAGUCUCUGGUAAAUGUCUACCAUUGCUGUCAAAGAAGUAAAAGUAAAGAAUGGACUAAAUUAAGCCAACCAACUGUAGCAAGGCAGUUACCAUUUUCCAAGCUAGUUUAUUUAAAAUACCUCUACACAACACGGAAUUUGCUUCUGUGACCACAAAGUGGAUCUGUCUUGAGAAUUUUUGUUUUGCUUUGUUUGUUUACUGUCCUGUUAUUGCCAAGCUUCUUACAGUCUGUUAAGCAAAACACUAUUAAAACCCAUGUUGCUCAGUAGGUGCUUUUUUACACAAAAAAUGGUAUGUAUACAUUGCUAUCUUAUAAACUGGAUUAUCAGUUUGCUAAUGAAUUAAUUUACUAAUGAAUUAAUUUACUAAUUAAGAACUCAAUUUAGGUGAGUAAAUCUCUAAUUUGUGAAGUGCUGUUUAAUGUAUUUACAAUGUUACUACUUACUGGUAGUAAAAUGAAAGAAUUUUUAGCACCUUUGAGAUAUUUUUACAGUAUAAAUUAUAUUUUCAUGGUGUUUUUAUUAAUCUAUGAGAACUACCCAGGUGUUUUGCCAUGACUCAUAUAUAUUUUACCAUGUGCUUUAUUUUAAGGUUGUAAGUGUAUAGCUUGAAUAAUAUAUAUACUUCUGUAUUUAACUUAGACAUUUUUUCAACAAAACAGAAACUGUGUGUUCUUCAGUUUCUGUACAUAUGGAAAAUGAAGGUCCAGUGGUUGGAAUAUUCAGAAAGCAGAGAGAAAAAUAAUUGAGCAUCAGCAGUUCUAGGAAGGAUGAAGCUUAUACAGGAUUUCAAGCUUCCUGAAUUGCUGAGGAUAUUCCUCCAACAGCCAGGGUAUCCCAGGUAUUCCUCCAACAGCCAGUCUAAUUGUUUUCUACAUAGAACAUGAACAAAAUAUUCUGUUUUCCGUAUGAUGCACAGGAUUCUUACUGCCCUGAUAUUCUAGUAAAUUGGUAGCAGUUUCUUUCUCUGAUGAAUAUGAGGCAGUGGAAGACUGUAUUUAUAUUGAUAUGAUGAUGCCUUAAUCUUGUGUGGGUGUGAAAUUUCUGAAACACCCCAACAAGUAAGAAAUAUGUAUCUCAUUACAGCACUGAUGUGAUUUUGAAAAUCCAGCUCCAUAAUCUGUGUUUAGGCACCAGGCUAAUAUUAAAGUGUCAGAAAAUCAUAUCCAUCUAGUUUUUGCUUACUCGUGGCCUUGUCUGGAUCUUGUUUAAUUUUGUUAUGGAUCUCACUCAUUAUUUAUUCAUUUUAAACUCCUUUAGACUUUAUUCAUUUAUGACAAUGGGUUUCAGGAUUUGCUGUCUGGAGAGUUCUCUUUGGCUUUUCUCUUAUGAAGAUAAGCCUAUAUAUUUGCAUAUAAAUGUAAAGAUAGAAUGUUAAGAGAUAACUUGAUUGUAGUCAAUAAGUUGCUUCAAAGAGGGAAAAUAUUAGGAACUAAGUGGCUCCUUGAGCUAGCAAGGAAAAGUAUCACAAAAAAAAAAAAGUCUGAAAAUUAUAAACAGAAGAGAAAUUAAAAUUAGAAGUAAAUUCCAAACUGUUAGUAAUGAGCCUAGUUAACCACUAACUCAGUUAGCUGGGGCACAGUAUAAUCCUGAAGAUGAGGGUGGGAUGUUUUUGUGAUUCCUAAUGAACUGUAAUGUACUUGAUAAACGUAAAGUCCUAAAGAGUAUUGACACGGCCUCAGAUCAUGUGCUAUAUUGACUCUGGCAUACAGAAUCCUUAUAGGUUAAGAUACAGUGACUUUAAGGAAGAGGAGCUGUAAUAUCUGUUCACCAUUUGAAAGUCUUUCUUUAAUCAUUUUUAGACUCUGCAGCAAAAUUUUGGUCAAUCUUCUGUGACGUGAAUUACUCAUUAAAAAAUCCAAAUGAUCCAUUUGCUUUUUCCCAGAAGGAUCAAGCUUGUAGUUCUAAUUUUUCACUUUCUCAUUUGGCAUGCUGUAAAUACUUUCCAUUGUUGCUGGGCAAAUGCUCAUCCUAUGCAACCAUUCAGAGAUAACAUGUUACAGAAACUGCAUAACUGUAGAAAUCAAAAAAUGUGAUUCUAUUUCCUGCUGCCUGAAGCAUCUAUAAUCAGCAAAUUAACAUAUUUAUUGUAUGGCACCUGCUGCUUAUUUCUUAGCCAGUUGUAGUUCAAGGAAUAUAUUUCCAUUAGCAGCUAAUGACUAUGCACUGGGUAAAAGCCAUGUUCUUUUUAUAGUUUUUUUGUUGUUUGUUUUAUUUUAUUUAUUUGUUUUACUUUCUUAGAGUAAGUUUUUAUGGUGUGAGUUUAUUCAAGACUAGGUGGAAAUAUACCAUUUCAUACAAAAAAUAGAGCAAAAUCACAGUUAUAUUCUCUACUUCUUUCAAAUCUGACAAGAAGGUGAAGGAACAAAACUGUGUUGUUGUUCUGUUUUGUUUUUCCAUUCUGCAUGAAAACAAUCCUUCUUCUGAUUCCUUUUCAUUCCAGUUGUUCAUUUUGUGUUACAGUCUAACGUGUUUUUAGGAAAGCCGUAAAGAAAUUAGAAGGUUCAGGUAUGAAUCUCAUUCCUUAAAGGUUCCCUGUAACGUUCUAAUUCAACGAACUGGCCCAAGGAGCUCCUGCCCUAUUCCCCACUCUCCUUGUUUUAUCAAAAGUAAAGUCGCAUAGUUAUAAAACUAGUUGCUAAAUGUCAAAGAAAAACUCAACUGUUGCGUGAAGAGAGGUCAUUUAGCUUCCAAGCCACAGCUUUGCUGAGCAUGAUUUGAACCUUAGUAAUUCAGCUAAACAGCUUCAGUUUCAAAGGGUUAAAAAAUUAGUACAAUGUUUCAUGCAUUUCUGUUCCUUAUUGUUUUACAUCAAGAAAGCCUGUCUCUGAGUAGGAGGCAGAACUUGUGCAUUUAAUUAUGUAACCAAGGCUUUUGCUCUAUUUUAGACCAAAAGUAUGCGUGAUAUGAGAGUUCUAUCUGAGUGUCUUUUGCAUUAUGUUUUAUACAUAUUUUCACUCACUUAUCAAUGGGCCAAAUAAAAGGACACUGUAACAUACCUGAAAACAAAGAGGCUUGUUAAAACGCCAUUAAAAAUAUACAAAGCUCACUCUUCCUAGUUGAUUUUUCCAUCCUCAUUGAAUUUCCUAUUGAAGUGUUGGGAUUUUGUUGGUAUGUUUUAAUUCAGAGAUGAUUUUAUAUCAGAUAAUCAAGCCAGCUUGUCUUGGACAAGCUUCUAUGGGGCCUUGAGUACUCGUCAGGUGAAAUAAUCCACGUGCAUGCUCAACAGGUCCAAUCUGCUAGCUACUGUAGCAUGAACAGCAUAGUUUCAUCUGCAUAUAGCUUGAAAAAGGGAAAAACUUGAGAGGAUUUUCAGGUGUCAAGUUCAGAAAAGAUACAUCAAAUGAAGUGCAUUCUUGUCAUAUUGCACUGGUUUUGAAAUGUCACUGAUCUCUCUUGCAAAGGAAGAUAAAGCUCAUGCUCCAUGUAAGAUGAAAUUGGAUAAGGACUGUUUACAGGGAGUGGGGAAAAGUGCUAUUUCUUGUACAAGUCCUCAGCAAAGCUGUGAAUACCCAGCUAAUGACUGGCAGUAUAUACUUUUACAUUUUUUUGAAAAUACAUAUUUGUUAUAAUGGCACUGUUUUUGAGGUAUAGAACAAAAGCUGCCCCUGUCCAGGAAAACUACAAGCAAACCAUAUGUACUGUGAGAGCAGAAUGAGUAAAAUUUUAAUAUCAUACAGGGCAACAUAAAAAGGCCACGUCUAAUUUUCAAAAGUAACUUCAACACAUUGGAAUCAUUCAGUGAGUCUUAGGCUUCUAAGUGCCCCAGUCUCUUUGAAAAGAUGAUUUAAACUUCAAUGUUUUGAUUUUGAAAAUACAACCUGUCAUUUCAUAUAGAAUACCACUCAGCUAUUACUUUCUGAAGUACAAAGCUAAAAGCUUAGCCAUGUUCAAAUGUACAGGAAGCAAAAAUAAAGAAAGAUUAUUUUGGGAGGAAUCAGAGUUGGCCUCUAGAAAGUGUUUUUAGUAGGACUAUAGUAUGAUUUUCAACUUCUAUUUAGUUAUUUUGAGAUUUUUUUGUUUUCCUUUCCAAUCAAUUUGAGUUGAAUAGUUGCACUGUUGAACAUUAUUGUUGUUGGUACUCUUCCCUCUCUUCUCUCCAUCUGACUCAAAAACAUCAAAAUACAGGCCUCUUUGGCUCUCUAACUUCUCUUUGAAGACAUAGCAAAAUGGCAAAUUCUCUUGCAAUGCUAUUAAUAUCCUGUGUGUACCUAGCAAGUUUCACAGACAUAACAGGGUUUAGUCUCUCAUGUCUGCAUGUGAUUUGCUUUAAUAAAAUCAUAGUUUUGCCUUUAUGUUAACGCAUACACUCAGCAGUAAUAUAUUUGCUGUCAUUUGAAUUGAGCUCAAUGUUGCACUUUUCAUACCACAAAAUGUACUACAAAAAUGGAAUAUUAGUAUGGUUUAGUAUAUUAUUUUCAGAAAUUUAAGUCCUUUGAGUAGUUAUUGGGUAAAUAUAAUAUAAAUAUCCAAAAAGAAUAAGCUAAAUAGAUUCAGGUGCUUUUUUCCUCUCUUUACAUUGUAAUUACAUAUAUGUGUGUGUGUGUAUAUGUGCGCACGCAUGCGUGUGUGUUUCUACUAUGUAACUGAAAGUUUAAUUUUCUCAAAAACAAAAUGUACACGAUUAACUUUGUAAAAGUUAUUGUAAUGGAAUUGAGUAUUUAUUUUUAAACUAAAUUCUUAAGGAACCAUUGUCUGUAAAUAAAAGACUAUAUUUUCCUCCUCUA